AAUUAAGAGUCAUGUUCGAUGAUUUCACUUCUGGUCGUACGAUUUCUGAUUCAACUAAGUUAACAAAAACAACUGCUGACACUCUGGUUGGCAAUAUACAAUGGUAAAUAUUGUUCAAAAUAUGAAGUACAUCCCUCCAAGGCAGAAUUUUGGAUUACAUGAGCUUGAUAUAUAAAAGAGGUCUAAAGUUUAGCAUGCAGUGAACCACCUGCUAGAUGCUAGGAAGAUAAGAUUGUUGCUGUUGGGGAAUCUGACAUGUCUGAUGUGACUGGACCACAUUAAAACAUUUUAAAAGCUGAAGUCAUGCAUUUUGGCCAUAAUUUAAUGUGCUGAGAAGAUGAGAGCUAUAUAAACAGGAUAUCUGCCCAUAAGUGAAAUUUAAGUCCAGAAACUGAAGCAAGUCUUACAAAAACUUGAGUCAAUUAGAAAAACUGAAAAACAUAAAAUAUACUUACCGCAUAUAAAAUAGAAUACAGACAUUUUUAUAAACAUGAAAGGAGUUGAACUCAAUAGCAAUGGCUCAAUUUAUUCUCCAUCAACCAUCAGAAGUCACAAACUGGCAAAAACUAAAAAUAACUAUGAGAGGAAAAAACUUGAUAAAAAGUCAUCAAGCUUUGACAAAGACAAACUAAGAAUUAAUGGAAAAGUUGGAAGAGAACAGAUUGAACUGAUGGAGAAGUUAAAGCAACUCCAAGUCCAGCAACACAUGUAUGGCACUCUGCAGAGAUACCCAGAUGAAGAUGAUGCUUUCAAAGAUACAAGUGGUUCUUAUGCCAAGGCAUUUAAAGAUGACAAACAUAAAAGAAGUAAAAGUGAUGAAACAAAUGAUGCAUUUGAAGCUUCUGGCCUUGCAUAUGCAAGAAGACGAAAUCGUAGAGUUUCUAAAGAGUUUGAAGAUCUUGAUGUCCAUACUGCAACAGGGACACUCCACUCUCCAGUUAAUAAAACAAAAAGUGACAUUAAACAUGGAUCAUUACCAUCUCUCACCAAAAAAUCACCAUCCAAAGAGUCCUUAUAUAAAUACAACAGAGUCAAAGAAAGUCAUUGGGUGGGUGAGCCAGAGGCAAUAUAUUCGGUGAGACGUAAUCGAAAAACUGUUGAACAACAGAAGAUGGUAACAUUGCAGUUCCGAUUAAGUCGUUCAGAGUCGGAUAACAAACUAUCACAAUACAUUCCAGAUGGUACUUUAAUGCCUAAAAGUAGGUCAGGAUCUGCUCAAAGUAUAUCUGACGUCAUCAAAUCAGUGAAACCAUCAACAAUUAUCCCCGACAUGGUACUUAAUAAUGGAACAAUUCCAAUGGAAAAUUCCCCUAACUCAGAAAUUUCCAUAGAAAGAACUGCAAAUGAAGACACUGUAAAACAAGAAUUAUAUAACUUAUCUAUUCCUGUUGAGAAAUCUUCUAACUUUUCUCUAAAUCCAAUAUUGAAGAAGCCUUCAUCAUGGUUUAAAACCCACAAAAAGAUAGACACUUUAAAUGACAGAUCAUCCCCAGAUGUCAGUUCAUUUCUGUAUCCUAGAAAAAAUCCCAAUUCUAUGAGUCUUUCUCUUCCUGGCUCUAUGCCAGGAUCACCCUUACUUAGUAGACAAAAUGACACAAAUCCUAGAAAACAUAGAAGUCAAUCAUUUAAUGAAAAGCAGAACACAUUCAAGAGUAAACAAAAUACAAAGAAAGUUACAUUCUGUUUGAAUUGUAAAGACAAGACAGAGUCUGGUGCUAAUAUUGAGACUCUUGAUAAUGGCUUUACAGUUGAGUUGCCAGAUUUGUAUCAAUCAAAUUCAGCAUUGCUGAGCAAAAGGUUGCAAUCAAGGUAACAUGCAAUGAUAAAAAAUUCUUCAUAUUCCAGUAAGUUUGUAAUUUGAGGGAGAUGCCUGUCAAAGGAAUCAAAAGGGAUAGAAAAUGUGUUUCUUGAUUCAGCUUUCAAUUUCUAUCAUGGAAGCAAUUUAAAAAACCAUGUUUUAAACUGAAGAAUAAUAUCCAAAAAAUAAACAAUCAUCAGACCUGGUGGAUUUUCUCCAACAUUUUUGCGGAUGGUGUUUGGCAGUUGGUGUUCAAUGUCUGUAAUAAAUGGCAGGUG